CUACGAAGUGUUGCACAGGCACGCGAUGUAGAUCCGACGUGCUGCUCUACGAGAACGGAUGAAAGUUUCUGUUUUGAACGCAUGCUGAGUGUUUAUGAGAACAUAAACCGGUAGGUGAAGCGGUGGUGACAGGAUUUGCCAUGGCACAUCAACCACUCAUCAAAACAAGGCAGGCAGAGAAAAUAAUCAAUGGAAUAUCAACUCAAGUUGUUUGCACAGAAUUCAGCAACUACAUCUUCAUUGUCCUUACACAGUAUGGGAAGAUCGGGACCCUUGUAUCUAUAACACCUGAUGCAAGAUGCGGUGACAUCAGCACCCCUAUGUUUACUACGAAGGUGCUCCUAGGAAAAGAUGAGGCUCUGACGCAUGUUUAUGCAAAAAAUAUUGCAACAUUUGUGUCGCAGGAAGCAGGAAAUCGACCUGUUCUUUUGGGACUUGCGCUCAAAGACUGCAGUGCUGAAAACAUGAAAACUCUGAAAGAUAUGAUCAAAAGCUGCCAAGUGUGGUGACCAGAAGGACUUAUGGAAAACAUUCAUGAAACACUUUGUGGCACAAAAUAAUCAUUCUUGUGAAUGUUUUUUUUAACUGAUUAACUGUCAUCUUUUUAUGUGUUUGUUAUGACAUUGUGUUAAGUUUGGAUAUUUUCCUUCAGUGUCACUGCUGAAAAGUACAAUGAUAUUGAAUGUAUUAGGUUUGGAAGAGGACCAUCACUUACAUAAUGUUGAAUUUCUUCACUAUGGAGAGGAAUUCAUGCCAAAUUGAAAAGCAGUCUCUAUAGUGGAAAAAUGUGAAAUGCAGUGCACAUGUGACAUGCGAAAUAAGUGUUGAAAUGAAGAAGUAAAACCUAUAUUACAUUAUCACAUCGCUUGACCUCUUCACUGAAAAACAACAAACUACCUUGAAAUGUAAUGAAGGCACAGCUAUACUGCUUUCCACCUUGCAGGACUUUACACUGAUAUGCCUCAUUGAAAUGCAGUCAUAACAGUGAAAACAGUGAAAUGCAAUGCACACAUGACUUUACUUUUUCAUAGGGGCCAUGCAGAAUGAGAGCCAAAAUGAAAAGCAGACCUACAGUCGACUACAUUGCUUCCACAUCGCUUUUUUUGUACUUCAAACAUGUUGAAAUUCAAUCAAAACAGCGGAACACACAGCACACGAGAUCGUGUUUAAACAGUAACAUGUGGAAAAUGUGCCAACGUUAAAAGUAAAACAGUGUUCCUCAUUCACAAACUGUUUUUAAGAAGAAAUUUCUUUUUAAAACCCUUUUAUACGGAGCCCUGCUGGUGACAUCCCAUAUAAAUAAAAAUAAUGCAUGCCACGCUGUUUUAACGCAUGGGAACGAGAUCCUAAUGCAUGGCCAUGACUUAGUAAGGUGUGCAAAUGAGAUCAUUAAGUCGUGGCCACGACUUAGUAAGGUGUGGGAACAAGAUUAUGCCUUACUAAGUUGUGGCCACACAUUAUUUUUAUAAACACCAUGCAACCAGCGGGGCUCUGUUCUUUUACGCAGUUUUCACGAAGAUUCUGACAAUCGCCAAUGUUUUCUUAUUUGGGAUUUGUUCUUAGGUAAGAACAGAAUCUACAGCCACUCAAGAGCACAAAGGUGCAGUCCUGUGCUUAAAGAACACAUUAUGAAUCUGACAGACAUUUUCUUAGGCCCUUUCUCAAGAACACAUUUAAGAACAAACUUAGGACGAUAUUGGUGAAAGAGACCCACUGCAUGGUGCAAAUUGCUGUGUCUUUGUUAUAUUCAAGGUAGAUUGUAUUCAAUUCUGACAUGAAUCCAGCAUUUAAUUUUUAAAAUGCAAAUAUUCAUGUGCUGUUUUUCAGUCAAGAGGUCAAGCCAUGUAAAAACAGUGUAACAGAGGUUUUGUUCUUCAUUUUGACACAUAUAUUCAUGCCACUACGUAAAAGUAAUGCCAUGCAUUGCAUUCCACAUAUUUUUCAUUGUAGUGAUUUCUUUUGAAUUUGGCACAAAUUCCUCUCCAUACCUCACAACUGUCAGCUUCCUUAUUGUUUUAUUAAAGUGUUGCAUUUGUUUA